UUUUUCAAUUUCUUUUCGUCGAGUGCCUUAGUAUGUUUUUAUUCGUGUAUAAACAAUCUUCUUCUUUUCUGGUUGGCGUCAUCUCACUUGAGGCACUCUUGCCGAAUUGCAAGCGAAAAUCUCGCUGUGUGGCUGCGUCGAAUCAUCCAAGUACGGUUGAAAAACCUUUCUUUCUUGCGAAAUACUUGAAUUUUCUCCGGACUAACACGAUGCAACGUGCUCACCCGUUGAGAGUUUCAGCGGAAGUGGUAUAAACAAUCAGUUAAAGGACAACACAUUGGACGACAUCUGUUAUGUAAAUAUGUCGAAUUCGCUCGUAGAUUCCCAACUAUGGAAUGUUUCAUUGAAAUAGUUAUCAUUGGAUAGCAUACCUAUCGAAUUAAUUUAUACAGAAUUAUGCGUCAUAGUGAUAGUCAUAGGUGCAGUAAUGAAAUGGAAAAACCCCUGGUCCGUUUCUGAUGCGGAUCAACCACAGACGAUUAAUCAGAUUCUAGUCACAACACAUCGUUCGUGCUGACGUUAUGGACAGUAUCAAUAGUUUGCCAUUUGAGAUUCUUGAGAAAAUUUUCGAUUACCUUGAUUUGUAUGAGAGAUCAUGUGCCUUAGCCACGUGCAAGCACUGGCACAGUAUUUUGAACUGUACACGAUUUCAACGCCAGCGUCGGUUGGCACUCGCGCACAUUUUCCAGGAUGAACUCACCGAGCAGGAAAAGAUUGCCGUUCAAAAGUGCUGCAAUCUUCGAGUUGUUCACUAUGAAGAUAGUGGAAAUUCCGAUAGUGAGAGUGCUGCGGGCUCGGAAGGCGAUCAAAAUGAGCAACGAAUUGGUAGAAACUUACAUUCGAUAGAAAACUUAUUCCGGAACACUCCUGAGCAGAACUUGAAUGACUUAUUGUUUGGACGGGUGUUGGAUCUAGAGAGCCUUAGUUUGGAAACCGGAUACGAGAUUUGUCGUAAUAUCAUCAGAGAUCGGUUAGAUUCAAUUAAAAAUCUAAACGAACUUGUUUUACUGUUCACUGGUAGCAGAUUUCCCACUCCAGAUACUGGUUUAUGGACGAUACGUCACGCUGGGAUUCAAAUCUUGAAAGUGCAAAUGCCAGUUGAUGGUAAACAUCUUAGUUUUAUAGUACCAAGUUUAACAAGUUUAGAAUUGAUUGACAGUUUUCGGUGGAGUUUGAAUAUGCUAAACACACAUAGCGAGCAGUUGCGGUGUCUGAAGCUUAAAUUGCGGCACAUAGAAAUGCUAGAUGAUUUGUUUCCGUUGACUUUCCCGAACAUGACUUACUUGGAAAUUCGUAACAACCCCUACAAAACUGGUGAGCAGCUUCGAUUCACUCAAACACGUAACGUAUUGGACGAACAAAUGGAGCAACGCUUCGUGGAAGGAAUGCCCAGGCUGAAAAAGUUGCUUCUGGAGGGCAAGUUUACUUUUCUUCGUAUGGGAAUGUCACUCGCAAGGUGUGCUCACACACUGGAAGAAUUAGUGCUGGAAGAUCAGGAAAUCGAGUAUGCUCUGUUGAAAUCAGUCGAGAUGCUACCAAACCUGAAGAAUCUCACCAUAUCGGAGUGUAAAUUUCGCACGUCGUCAGAUAUGCUUCCUACACUGAACUUACCGCAUUUGGAACGUUUCAAUCUAUUCAACUAUAGAGCGAAUAUAGUAUUUGACAAAGGACUCGGUGCUGUGAACUCGCUGGGACUUACACUGUGGGCCGAUAAAAACUAUAAAGUGUUGCACAAGAUUUGUGAAAACAUGUCAAACUUGGAGCGUUUAGAAUUAUUUGUGAACGUUAAGCUGUCCAAUAAUGCGUUGCGACACUUGAAUAAGAUGGGAAAAUUGAAAUCUCUCAUGUUUCAUUAUACUGGUCCAAGCCUGCAGGCGUGGAAGCACUGCCCUGAAGUAUUAAGCGUUAGAAAGUUAUCGUUUCGCGGCUGUGAGAUGGAUCGUUCUACCUUGCUGUCAGUAGUAGAAGCAUUCCCCAAUCUAUACGAGCUGUUUCUAGAUAAAUGUAUUCUAUUUUACUGUGGUGAUACUGUCGAACUCUUGGAACAUAAUUAUAUCAAUGCGGACGGUGAUAACCAGUGCAGAGAGGAAUUGCGCCAACUGCUUCCACUGUGUAGGAUAUCGUUGAUGGAGUCAUUGCUGUGUUGUCAACAUAGCAUAGUUUGA